UUAGCCUUUAGGCCUCACUUCCUUCUUCUACACAUACACACUCACACUCACACUCACACUCACACUCAGGCCUUAAUCAUGGACUCUCUUCCUAAACUGCGCCACUCUCACCUCUCGCUCAAUCACCACCGUUCAUCAUUCCCAACGCCCUUAUCUUCUUCCGUCUCCUUCAGAUCCCUACCACCACCGCAAUUUCCGUCUUCGUCGUUUAGGUUACCGUCAAUCAGAUUCAGAGCCUCAUCCUCGCCGUCGCCGUCACCAUCAACAAACGACCCUGCGUUUAACAAACCCAGAAACACCUUUUCCCUACCCAACCUGCUCCAAACCCUAAACCCCCUUUUAUCCCCCGUCGUGGAAACCACCUGCAUCGUCGUUGCAGCAACCGCAUUCUUCUUCAUGCGCUUCCAUCACAAGCCCGUCAUCGCCGCCCCGCUCGCACCGCCCACCGUUGAAUCCUCAACGGAAAACGCUUCGAACGAAGAAGAAAACGAGAGGGUUAUCGAAGAGAGAUUGAGCAGCAACCCUGGCGACACCGAAGCUCUACGCGCUCUCAUGGAGAUCAAAAUCAAAGCGCGCAAGAUUGACGAAGCGAUUGGGGUCAUUGACCGUUUGAUUGAGCUCGAACCCGAAGAGCUCGAGUGGCCUCUGCUGAAGGCUAACAUGCAUGUUUUCAACGACAACCAUGGACAGGCUAGGAUUUUGUUCGAAGAUAUCCUGAAGAAAGACCCACUUCGCGUGGAAGCGUUUCACGGGCUCGUGAUGGCGACUACGGAAUCGAAUGAGCCUUUGAAGGGGUUGUUGAAGAGGGUUGAAGAAGCGGUGGAGUUGUGCAAGAAGCAGAACAGGAAUUCGGAUGAGCGAGACUUAAAGCUCUUGAUUGCGCAGAUUAAAGUAAUGGAAGGAGAUUUUUCUGAGGCACUUAAGGCCUAUCAGGAGCUAGUAAGGGAAGAACCAAGAGAUUUUAGGCCCUACCUGUGUCAGGGUAUCAUAUAUACCCUUCUAAAAAAGAAAGAUGAAGCUGAGAAGCAAUUCGACAAGUUCCGGAGGCUUGUUCCCAAGAAUCAUCCUUAUAAAGAGUAUUUUGAGGACAACAUGUUUGCAACCAAGUUUUUCUCGCAGAAAUUGGAGAGGGAGGGAGAAAGCGCUAGGAGCUGAGAAAUGUAAUGAUGACAAUUGUGGACGGUUCUACGAAGAUGUCCUCGUGAAUUUUUUUUGUCCCUUUUUUCUUUACCGCUCCUUGGUUUUUAGUUAAAUGCUCUCGGAUAGUAAUGCUGGUGUUACUGUAGGUGGUUAGUUUAAUAGUUUUCCUUCUCAAUGGUGGUUCAGAAUUACUCUUGUUUGGUUUUCUGGUGGAUAUAAAUAGUAAGAUUGAUGACGAGAAGCUAUUUUGAUGCUGAAAAAUCAAAUGAUGCAUUAGUUCUAUUUUUAUGGCAUUAUGUUGUCCUUGGGGUUCUAACCCCAGUUAUAUUUCCUUCUUUACAGUGGAUCUUCUUCCUAUCUUUUGGGAGGUAGAAGAGCCUAGAUAGUAAAUAUGUUACUUCAGCUGUGACAGUAACAUAGGAUAAUCAUAAUGCUAUAUACUGGAACACUUUCUUGCGCAACAAUGUAGGUUUUGAAAAUGGACUCUCUAUAUCUUUUGUACAUUGUGGGCGGUAUUGUUGGGGAAUAGCAUGACAUCUGGAAACAGAAGUCUUUUUGAAAUUUGUGUGUUUACGGUGAAAAAUAUGGUUGUUAAUUAGUUAUGCGACACUGUUUUGGUGGUGUUGGAUAAAUCUUAUUUCAUCCCAUUUUAUAUGGGACUACAACAAUAGGAUUGCAUCAGAUUAUGCUCAUUCUAGUUUGGAACUCUAAUGAUGGCUCUACUAGCUUAACUCUGAAUGAUGGAUAUGAACCUGUCUAUCCUGUGGCUUAUUACAUAUACCUCUAGAUUGCUUCAUGCAGCAUUUGUUGAUUAUACCAAAUGAUUUGCUCGUGUUAUAUCAAAGGAGCACAUAUGAGGUACCUUUUUUAUUUAUCUUAGCUCUCACCUGUAGCUUGAAAAUUGCAUAAGCAACAUGUGUCAGUUGAAGUGCAGUUCAAUUGAUGUGAUAGUGUAAUAUGUCCUUCUUAGGCUACUUGAUCUUUCAUAUUAUGUGAGAUCAAGGGUAUCUUGCGUAAUUUCAUAGGAUAUAGUACUUAAUUCCUGUCAUCAUGGUCAUCAACUUUUUAGAAGUCCCUGAACUAUUAUGGUUCUGUUUCCAAGGAUUACCUGAUCUAGCUUAUUCAUCUGCUGAGAUGAUUCCAUGAAGGGAAGUCCUUCAUGAUCUGGACUAUAUCUUCUCGAUUUUCUCCGCUUAUGUGGUGGGAGUGGUGAGUUGCAUUUGCAUUUUAUUCUCAAGUGUAACUGUAAAUAGGAUGGCCUGCACAAUUUUUAAAUAUAUUUUUUUUUUUGGCCUUGUGUCUUUAAUUAUGUCUUUAUCCCCCUCCCAAAAUGCUAUCUUCUUUAUGUUGCUUUUCCAAGUGAUUUUUUUGUUUAGCUGGCCUGGAAGGAUUUGUUUUGUGUAUAGUUCACCCAUUUUUUUAUGUAAUAAUAAGUGGUUUGCGACUCGAUACAUGACACCUUCAUUAGUAUUUGCCAACUUAUCCUAACUUCUGAUGAUGCAUUUUCUGAUUGUUGGUGGUUUCGCUGGUGUGUUUACUCAGCUUGUAUCAAUUCACUCCCACUGAAAUUGCUACAACUUUUGCUAGGUCAGUAAUAGUAUGACCAUUGUAGUUAUCUUGCUGCAGAUCUCUUAAUGAAGAUGGUAAGAGCUUACAUUGAGAUUUUGAUUGGUGGGUGUGGGCAGAGAAAUAUUACUGAAAGCGGAUAUAUUCAGAAUUUUAUGAUUAGCAAUGGAGAGAAUUCAGGUUGAAAUGUCCUAGCAACACCCUCCUUCCCGCACCUGCCAGGCGAAAAGAAUUAAAAAGAGAAAAAUAAUUAUGUGGUUAGUUGUAUUCUUUAUAUUAGUGUCCUAGGUUGUACUGAUAGUUUCACAACUACUA